ACAGAGUCGGGCUGCCCCACAAGAGGGAAAAAAAUUGAAAAAAAAAAUUGAGGGAAAAAAACGGCGAAUCUGAGGGUUCGGGCGGAUUUGGACGAAGUUUCCGAACUGUCCCGGCCCGAGGGAGACCCAGGGUUGAGAGGGAGUCACCAGCACCGAAAUAAUGGAAGAUUCCCAUUUCAACUCAUCAUACUUUUGGUCUCCCGUUCCCACAGUGCAAGGACAGAUUGAGAACGCCAUGUUCCUCAACAAGAUGAAGGAACAGCUGGGCCCGGAGAAGGCUGCCUCGUUCCCGCACUCCUCGUCCGCCCACUACCCCACCGCCGUGCUCACUGUGCCGGGUUCCGUCGCCAUGGACGCCAGCGCCGUUGGGCGGGGCCCCAAACAGGAAGGAGGCGGCGGCGGUUCCCAGAUGUCCGCGGUUGGGGCGCACCUGCACCCGCCCCACACCUCACAGAACAUCACCGUGGUUCCCGUGCCCUCCACAGGCAUCAUGACGGCAGCGGGGCUAGUGAUCACCACUCCCCAGGGCACGCUGGUCACCCCUUCUGCCUCGUCCCAAUCUUUUGUUUCUGGACCCCCUGCCACUACCAUGAUAGUGUCCACACUGCACCCCUCAAAUGCAGUAGAGACCAGCCGGCAUUCCUCUCUCUACUUCCACAGCCAGUAUAAGAAAGAGAAUGGCAGCAUCCCCCCAGCUGUCGUCAUGCCAGCUCCUUCCAAACGGGGAAGGAAGAAGAAGUCCAUGCUACCCCGAGAUGGUUCCAUGGCUGCCCACACACUGCCAACAGGAAGUGAUGCGUUGAUCCUUGCACACCUGGCAGCAGGGGGUCAGCACCACCCAGCUGACCCCUAUGACCUCUCCAACGAUGAAGAUGAUCAUACAAACAAAGAUGGGAACAAAUCUUACAGGUGUCGGAUGUGUGCGGUGACCUUCUUCAACAAGUCGGACAUGCAGAUCCACGCCAAGUCUCACACGGAGGCCAAGCCACACAAGUGCCCCCACUGCUCCAAAUCCUUCGCCAACUCCAGCUACCUGGCCCAGCACAUCCGCAUCCACACCGGGGCCAAGCCCUACACCUGCUCCUACUGCCAGAAAACGUUCAGGCAGCUCAGUCACUUACAGCAGCACACACGAAACCACACAGAGGCCAAGCCACACAAGUGCCCCCACUGCUCCAAAUCCUUCGCCAACUCCAGCUACCUGGCCCAGCACAUCCGCAUCCACACCGGGGCCAAGCCCUACACCUGCUCCUACUGCCAGAAAACGUUCAGGCAGCUCAGUCACUUACAGCAGCACCACAGAAUCCACACGGGUGACAGGCCAUACAAGUGUGUCCACCCAGGCUGUGAGAAGGCAUUCACUCAGCUCUCCAACCUGCAGUCUCACCGCCGGCAGCACAACAAGGACAAGCCGUACAAGUGCCACAACUGUAACCGUGGUUACACGGAUGCGGCCAGCCUGGAGGUGCACCUGUCGACGCACACAGUCAAACAUGCCAAACUUUACUCCUGCGGCUUGUGUAACCGCGCCUACACCUCGGAGACGUACCUGAUGAAGCACAUGCGCAAACACAACCCCGACCCCCUGACGGUGGCGGCGGCGGUGGCGGCCCAGCAGGCCCAGGGCCACACCCCCGGCACGGGCCGGGGCAGAGGUCGUGGGAGAGGGGGCGCGGCCGCAGCGGCGGCAGCAGCAGCAAGGGCGGCGGCAGCAGCAGCAGCGGCAGCCGCGGCAGGCGGGCCCGGAGGCGGGCAGGCGCCCAACGCGGCCAACUCCAACCCCCCCGGCGGCUACGCGGCGGGCGAGGGCGGCGUGCCCUGCCCCUUCGACCUGCACCAGUACAAGACGGUGUCGGCCGGGGAGAUCCAGUACAAGCCGGUGAGCGUGGCCGACCUGUCGGCCCACAAAGACCUCUGCCUCACCGUCUCCACCUCGGCCAUCCAGGUGGAGCACAUGAACUCCUAGACCACCGAACCGAGGGAGGGGAGGACGUGUGGGGGGCGGAGGACGUGGAUGGGAAGGACUAUAACGAGAAGAAAAAAAAAGAGACAAAACUACACUGCCUUGGGUUGAAUGAAAAGGUGAUCGACUGGAGCUCAGAUUGUAAGGAGUUGGGGCGAGCGAUGAAGCUGGGGAUGAAGCAAAGCAGAGGAGAGGAGGAGGAGGAAGAGGAGGAGGAGAGGAGACGAGCGGUGCAGGCACAGAGCACACGCAAGCUGCAUGGGUCAGAGGAGCCGGCGGGUGGAGGACGGGCGCGGUGGCACUUAGAGAACUUUUUAUUACCCGUUUUCUGUUUCUUGUCGUCGUCUUCAUUUUUAAGUCAUUUAUCAUAUGUGUGUAUUUUUCUAAUGUCUGUGUGUGUAUGCGUGAAUGAAAGUUUGUAUGUUUGUAUGUGUAUGUAUGUGUGUGUGUGUGUGUGUGUGUGUGUGUGUGUGUGUGUGUGUGCAUGUGUGUUUGUACGACAGAGACGAAAGUCAAGCAAUGAGUAUGGGUGACGGAGGAUGAAAUGGAUGUGGUGGAAUGUAUGGCAACAUCGGAACAGAGCAUUAUGAUUGUUUUCAACAAAAAAAAGCGCAAAGUGGUUUAAUAUUUCAUUGUUCUUCCCCGAGUGACGAUGUUGCAAGGGGUCGAAGUGUGAGAGAAAAGGCUGGUGGUAUAUGCUAACAGUGGUUUGGCUGCAAGGUACUAUUUACUUUAUUAUUUUUUACUUUUAAUACCAACUUAUAACAUACAUCAUUAUUGUUAUGCAAGUAACAUCAUUUAUCCUUGUUAUCAAUUGGCCGUUACUGUAAUCUUGUACAUAUACUACAUAGAAGAGAUGUUUUUUCAUUCAAAAAGGGAAGGACUGUCUUUCUGCCUAAAACAAGCUGUUGAAAAAGAUAAAGAAAAAAAAAAAAACAUUAACAAAACGACAUUAGUUAUAACCAAAUACGGAAUCAUGUAUUUCUAUCCCAGCCAAUCAGACACCUCCUCACUGCCCGGUGUCGAGCAGGCAGACAGCUGAUUGGUUGGUUUUGUUCAUGUAUAAUCCUUGUCGUAAUUUCCUUAUGUGUCUUUUUCGAAUAACACAGUUCUCAAUAUUCUUAUUAAUGUUAUUACUGUUGCUCUAUGACUAUUAGUAACGACGACUCUGCUGAAUUUGCUGUAUAGACCACACACAUCAUUAAAAGGACAAGAAAACCAAA